AUGGCUAAGCUAGAGCCAUUGAAGAGUGGCUAUUACGUAUGGCACUACGUCCCCUCUAUAGCCGCCGCGGUCAUCUUCAUUUUACUUUUCCUCAUUGUCACAAUAUAUCACUUCUGGAAGAUAUUUAGAACAAAGGUCCGAUUCACUAUUCCAUUUGCCAUCGGUGGUCUAUUUGAAUUUAUCGGAUAUGCAGCGCGGGCAGGCGCGAGUAGCAACACUGGCAAAUUAAUGCCAUAUAUCAUUCAAAGUGUCUUCGUUCUCCUUGCGCCGACGCUUUUCGCAGCCGCAGUCUACAUGGUUCUUGCGCGUAUCAUCCGUGCUGUUGAUGGAGAGCAAUAUUCGCCUAUUCGAAUCGACUUAAUCACCAAGAUUUUCGUUACUUGCGACAUUGUGACUUUCUUCGUCCAAGGUGGAGGUGCUGGCAUGAUGGCACAGAGCAGUCUCACUCACAUUGGCCAAGAUAUCGUUCUUGCUGGCCUAGUAUUGCAGAUUAUAACUUUUGUCCUUUUUGUCGUCACUGCAGUAGCUUUUGCCCGACGAAUGGGAAAAUCGCCCACGCAUACAGCCGCCCAGGGUAGUGUACCAUGGAAAAAGCAUCUUCACAGUCUUUAUAUCAUCAGCUCUAUGAUACUUAUUCGGUCUAUUUUCCGUGUGAUUGAAUAUGGAUUGGGUAACGAUGGGUACCUUCUGGCACACGAAUGGCCCAACUACAUUUUUGAUGCGGUCCCUAUGCUGAUCGCAAUGUGCUGCUUUGCUGUCUGGUACCCCAGUGAUCUGCAGUCAUUUCUGAAAAGUCCAAACUUUGAAUAUAGCAUGUCAUGA